CGCGCACGGCUAGACGAGCGGGGAUCCCAUUUUCCUUGUCAAGGAGCGAACAAGGCACGGCCUCCCAUCAAUGACCAGAGGCCAGGUAAGGACUUCGAAAGGAACAACAAUCCCACCACUAAAGAAGCAUUGGUGAAGAAGAGCAGACGACGACUUUGGACCGAAAAGGUCCGGGCAGGACAAGGGGCCGCUGCUUGCUAUGCAACGAAGAGGAAGCGAGGCCUCGGGAGGCAGCGCGGAAAGCCAACAGCAUCAGCACCAUGCCCUCUCGUUUGCGUGGCAAGACCAAAGCCACUCUCCGUCGCAUGUUUCGGAGACCUCACAAACCAACUAUGGUGCCCAUCAAGACUCGUCGCUCAGCCAGGCCCUGUCCUUUUCGACUGCACGCGGACAAAGACAGCAGGAGUCGACAUCUUCGUCAUCGUUGUUGAAUGAUGGACCGGGCCAUUUCGGCGACCAUCCUUGGAUGAACAGCAGUACCACCCUGACCGAAGGAAACUUUCAACUGGACCCUGUCACGAACGAGGAGCUCGAGGCAUUCCUCUCUGGAAAGCCAUGGAACGCCGGCAAUCAGGCUGCGUCCAUGGACGCAGCCCUUGCCUUUGAUGACACGACUCCACAGCUCAGCCAGCAAGGGCCGCAUACAUCCUUUAUUGAGCAGACCCAGCAGCCUUUGCAGCAGCAGGUGCAAACGCAGCAACAACGAUCGCAGAACUCUACUUCGAGCUCGUCGGUGUGGACAGGCUUUCGCGAUCCAUCGAUGUCCUCUCUUGCCCAUGGCGGCAUGGAUCUCGACAGCAUCGAGCCCAGAAGCCCUCCUCUGUCAGACCCAUCGCUCUCCCCAUCAUCUCUCUAUUCGCAAUUUCCAGCGGGCAUCACCGAAGCGGACAUUGCGCGCGCGCUCCCUCACCUACAGCAGCAGCAACAGCAACAGCAACAGCGACAGCAGCAGCAACAGCAUCAGCAGCAACAGCAUCAGCAGCAACAACAGCAGCAACAGCAGCAACAGCAACAGCAGCAGCAGCAAAUGGCUUCAGGCUCUCGUUCAGCAUUGUCAGACGAUAUGCGCCUUGGAAGAGCGCUUGGAAUCGCAUCAGCUGCGACUAUGAGGGGAGGCUUUGUCUCACCGCUCAACCAGAGAGAGAGUCCGCUUCCUUCUCCCGAAUCCAGAUCACCCUUCACUCCGAGCCGCAGCUCUCUAGGGUCCCUUCAUUCGCUCCAGGACAAUCAGCGUCACAUGAGGGGGAGCGGUGCCUCUACCUCGGCUUCGCCUGUCGAAGCACGCAGACCGUCAUUGUCAGCACAGUCUUCGAGGUCGCCGACCGACUCGCUGGGAACGCGGAGGCGAGAUGUGCGGCGGACCUACACGGGGCCUUUCAAUUCGCGCUCUGCUACCCACAUGCGUCCGUCAUCGUCUGGAGGCACUGCGUCGUCCCCCGCAUCUUCAGCCGGAUUCACAGCAACACGCCCCAGAGCCGACACGACAUCGUCUAGUAGCACGGCCUCGUCGUCUUCGGGUAACUUCGCCCGAGGACUCAACAUCGAUGAAAGUAAUCCACUUGUCCAGGAGGCAUUGCAGAGGCUAAGACAGGUAACUUCGUCGCAGAACCUCGGCUUUGCCGGCGGUUCGUCCGACGAAGCAGUUGAGAUGCUCGACGAUCAAGUGCCUUCUAUCUCAUGGCAGCAGAGCACUGAAGGAGGCGCCUACGGCGGCAUUCCCCCAUCACUCUCGGCAGAGCUCGCCGGUCUGGGUCUGGACGUCAACGAUCUCUAUGGGCGUGGUGGUACGGACGACGUAACCAUGGGUGACGCACCCUCGAUGCAACGGGGUCACUCGUUGAGCUCUUCUGACACCAGAGGAGCAGUCCCGGACACAAGCACAGGCGAGAACAGCAUGGUUUCGCUCGAGUCGUCCGGUCUCGACGACUCUCUGCUCUCCCUCGGAGGUGAAGCUAACAUACGAUGGGUCCACGGCCGCGAUACACCUCCAUCGUCCCCUGCGCCAAGCGCUGGAAGCAAGCACAACCGUGUACCGAGACGGCUCUCGCCAAGUGGCGUCGAUGACCCGCACUUGCGCCAAGGAAUGGUGACGUUACCUACCUCAGUACCCCUCAAUCGCUCACGAUCAGACAUCAAUGACUUUGGUGUAUUUCUUGAUCCGGCAAGGGCGGCACGCCAGCUUGACUGGAGUCGAACGUGGCCUCGAGCCGCGCAGCAGAGUCAGGCUCACGACCAAGAUGACGGUCAAGGAUUGAAUCGCGGCCGUAUUUCUGCCGCCCCGUCUGCAUUGCCCUCUAGCCUCCAGCCGCAAUCGUCGACGGGCCUGAGAGGUUCCAACAGCAGUCGCCCGCCUUCGUCCUCUUCAGCGUCAUCCUCAUCGAGUGUCCUUCAGGAGAGACGGAUGGGCAUGCGCGGCUCUUCCUCGUCUCUCUCGGCAACCGCUCGUCCAGCCCGAGUCGUCUCGCCUUCCUCCUCAGCAGCUGCUCCGGCAUCAGCCUCGACGAUGUCGUCAAGGAGUAGCCGGGCCACAAUUGAGGGGCUUCAGCCUGACUUUGGAGCCGAAGGUACGGCGCAAGCUUUGAGCCACAGUCGCUCAUCAGACUUAGUCCUUUCGGGUCGCGGCCUUGAUCACCGUAGAUUGAGUUCCUCAGUGUCGACACCAAAAUUGUUAGCAAGUGAAGGCCACAGUACGGCCUCUUCUAGCAGCUUGACAGCGUCUGCCUCGGUCGCCAUGACGGCCCCGGCGACAGCAAUGACUACUGAAGAGGCCCGACGGCGUCGACAGGUGCGAAAGGAACAGCAACAAACGCAGCAACAGCACGAUCAAUUUGAUCAAGUCGCCGCAGCACUCGAUACGUUGCGCACAUUCAUGAGGCAGCGAGCGAGGGAAAGAGAACGGAGCGGACUACCACCUUCGGGCUCUGGCCAGAUCGACGAUUUGCUAUCGAGGACUUCCUCUCAGCAGCGACUUUAUCAAGCCCAAACGUACCAGAGGCCGCAGCAGCAGCAACAGACAACGUCCUCAAGGCGGCCUCAGAGUAUGAUUGUGACAGCGGCUGAUGCAGCUCGAUUGAGUGACGACUUGCUGCAUGGCCAGCGGCACAUGCAAGAUUUGGACAGAUUCGAGGGCCAGUCACAAUCCGCAAGGCCAACACAACCUCAAAGGAGACUAAGGCAUCCACCCUCUGGGCCGCUGCCACCGAGAGGCUCCGUCUUCGCACCUCCUGGGCCCUCUUCGUCGCGUUCCUCGCGGAGCGACAUGCAGAUGAGCUCCCCUUCCUAUCCCAACACUACCUCGCGUCCGCACUCGAGUAGUGUUGGCGAGUCUUCGGCGUCGCGGGGCAAGAUGGAGGACGAUCGGAUCAUGGCCUUGACGGAACUCGCUGCGAAGGUAAAGAGAAUGAGAGAGGAGACAGGCCUCAGCCUUCACCAAGAGGAAGCCGAAGACGAAGACGAGAUUCUAUAAUUGGCACUGUCCAUCGAGGGACAUACCACCACCACCACGACGCAAUUUUCACGAAGACCCGAUCUUGCAAAUUGAAAGCGGCUUUGAGAUCGCUACACCCACCUUAAAAAGAGCGACUUCGUAGACCAACCUCAUCUCGUUAAGAAGUUGU